AUGCCACCAGCCAUUCCACAUGAGGAUAUUUCAGGUCAAGACGAAACCACAAGUGCUGAUAAGAAGAGCGGAACUUGGGCCUACAUGAUCCAGACGUCUACACUGUGGGGGGAGGUCCGCACGUAUGUAAAGCAAUGGGCUCAACAGACCAACAACGCACCGCCUCCUUGGUCCAUUGAGUCUGGAUACGCAGUCAUCAACGCUUAUCUCAUGGACUCAGAGACGAAAUUCCCAGACCGUCACCGAUUCGAUAGCGCGCGAUUUACUGACCAAGAAAGCCGGCACCUCCAGAGCAAUCGAGGAUAUUGGAGUCCAUGGUUGCACGAAAGACUCCAGUCCCUGAUACGGGCAGCUUUCGAAAUAGAUCCUCAGCAAGAAAAGGACCAAGAGAUCCCACCACCGAGGACCAUCUCGAUCAACACGCGUUUAAUGUGGGAUAUACUUCUUUACAACUCUGGCGCUUACAGGGGCACGGCGAGUUCUCCCCAGAUGCGAAGUCUUUUCGAUGGCAGCUCGCUGUUCCCAGAGGACAACGCGAGUGACGGGGAGGACAUCGUUGAGAUAGAUAAUUUCCACAGCCCAACUGUUGAAGUGAGUCUGGGGAACGGCCAGGCAUUGCCGCCGCAGCCAGGACGGCGAAGAACGAGAUCUGGCCAGGGAACUCAGGAGCCCCAAGCAAAUCUUCUAGCUCAAUCUUCUUCCAUGCCAGAGCCUUGUGGAGGUUCCACGGAACAAACGCCACUAGCUUCUUGGCCUAUGUCUUUGGAUAUGGCGUAUGAUCCUUUCUUUCAAUUUCAGGAUUCUGGGGGCCCCUUUUUCGGAACAUGGGAAGUAGGAAACCUCUAG